AUGAAGUUUUUACCAAAUGCUUAUUUGUUAUCAGAAAGUAAAACAAACGAUUACAGUUCAAGGGAUUCAGUAGGUCGAAAACGAUCUACUGAUGAAGCAAUGAAGGAGAAUGAAACGAUUUCGGAUACUACUAAUCAUUCUGAAAUGAAUAGUGGUGAUGAUAACGAGAGAAAUAACGCCACAACGAUAACUUCAAAAGAAACAACUAUCAAUGCCGACAGAAAUGACGAUGUCAGAUAUAUGGACAACACAACAAUAGACCGAACAACUACACUGAAUGAGAAGACAGUUCUUCACCAAUCUACUGAUGUGCUCAGAAGAAAACAUCCGGUGACGACGGUGACUACUGCCACCACCACCACCACCACCACUACCACUGUUAGUGCUUCUCCGAUGAUUCCUUCCAAAGUUGACGAAAGUGAAAGUCAUCUAUUGACAUCACCAUCUCAUCGCAUAUCACGUAUAGGCGACAGUGAUACUGACCAUGCCUAUCAGCCUUUCUCAGCUCCAGUUGAUAUAACGCAUACUAAAAGUGGGCAAGAUAUACUCAGACAUCAACAGAUUCUAAGGCGGCAGGCUGAAAAAUCACACUAUGGUGGAUUACCGUAUGGUGGAGUUGUCAGUCUUUCAAUACUGGGUGUCACGUUUGGCCUACUUCUUCUGUUAUGGUUUUGUAAACGAUGUGUUCUAAGAAAACGUCGUUCCAAGAAGGAUAGUAAGAAGAUGUCGAUAGCCGGUGGGAAGUUAGCUGCAGACUUGAAGACUGCUGCACACUUGUCUGAAGCUUUGAAAAGUCAGGAUAGUGUUCCAUUGAAAUCGGAUAUGGAGAUGAAUGAAAGUGCACAGGCUGGUGAGACUGACAAAGAGAAGCAGUACUGUGGAAAGUUACAGUUCUCAUUGGAUUAUGAUUUUCAAAAAGCUGAGUUAACAGUUGGCAUAAUUCAAGCUUGUGAUCUACCAGCUAUGGAUUUGUGUGGUACAUCUGAUCCGUAUGUGAAGGUCACCCUGUUACCGGAUAAAAAGAAAAAGUAUGAAACUAAAGUUCAUCGAAAAAUUCUAAAUCCAAUAUUCAAUGAAACCUUUGUUUUUAAGAUUCCAUAUGCUGAGAUCAAUUCGAAGACAUUACUAUUUACUGUUUAUGAUUUUGAUCGAUUUUCUAAACACGAUCAAAUCGGUCAGAUUAAAGUGCCAUUAGGCUCUGUGGAUUUGUGCAAUGUGAUUGAAGAAUGGCGUGAACUCAGUCCUCCAGAGGGUGAAGGUGAAAAAGAAAAUCGUUUAGGCGAUAUAUGCUUUUCACUGCGUUAUGUACCGACAUCCGGUCGUUUGAAUGUCAACAUACUUGAAGCGAAAAAUUUGAAGAAAAUGGAUGUUGGUGGACUUUCAGAUCCAUAUGUGAAGCUGUCAUUAAUGUUUAACGGGAAACGUGUGAAAAAAAAGAAGACCACGAUUAAGAAGUACACUUUGAAUCCAUACUACAAUGAGUCGUUUGCUUUCGAUGUCCCCUUCGAUCAGAUCCAAAAAGUUAAUUUAAUUGUUACAGUCGUUGACUAUGAUCGUAUUGGGACAUCAGAGCCAAUAGGCCGAGUUGUGCUAGGCUGUAAUGCUACAGGUGCUGCUCUUCGUCAUUGGUCUGAUAUGUUAGCCAAUCCAAGACGUCCAAUAGCACAAUGGCAUACACUACAAGAUAUGCCGGAAAAGAAUUGA